AUGGCCCGAGUGACGUUGGAGGACCCGGAACUAAGAAUGGAAGAAUGGGACUUCCACAAGCAGUUCGUGUUGAGGGGACAGCGCAUACCAGUGUCCCCGACUCCCACCGAAAUGCUCUUGUGCGUGGCCAGGUUGCCGUACAGCUACACGGAGGACCAGUUCACCCGGUUGGUGCAAAUGUACGGUGAGGUACGCAAGACAUUUCUGAUUAUCAGUGAGAAGACCGGCGAGAGCAAGGGAUAUGGAUUUGUCGAGUAUUUGAACAAGGAGUGCGCGAUCACGGCCAAAUGCGGUUUGGACGGCAAAGGUAUCGAUGACCAGACACUGGUUUGUGAUUGGUUGGACGGUAGUCAUAUUACCUACGAUUCUCUUCACUCCAAAUGCCUGUAUGUGGACAACUUGCCCAAGUCAUUCAGAGACAUGAGCGAAUUCCGUAAAGUGUUUGCCAAAGUCGUGAACCCGCCAUAUUGCCAGAUUGCGCUUAAAAAUGGAUGUCCAUUAGACUGGGGUCUAGUGGAGUAUAACACAGCUGAAGAUGCAGAAAGAGCACAAUCGGAGUUGAAUGGACACACAUUGAGAGGCCAUAAUAUUCGCAUUACAUACUACAUACCUGGAGUCAGAGCUAUAAAUUUGUUUUUGAAACUAUUGAACGAACCGAGUAAAUCUAAAUGUGGUGGACUCUUGCCAGACCCUCCACAGGAAGUCAUUGAGCAAUCGUUGCAAAACCUUUCCAAACAGAAUCCAAUCUUUGCACAAAAUCUUCAAAAUAUUAUUUUUAAUCAAAUCAAAGCCGCUCAAAUGGGGACUGAACAGCAAGAUUUUAACGAUUCAACACUGAGAUCACAUUUAAUAAAUGGCAAAGCUCCACCGACUAUGUUGCAUUCUCCAACAAGUUUACCUUACAUGGGUGCUACUCCAGAGACUUAUGGAUCAAGGUUAUUACCUAGCCCACCUGUUGGAGAAGUUCCACCACAUUUAAAUUCUGGAUUAUUUGAUGCAGAUUUAAACAACCCACUAUUGGCUAAUUAUUAUAGAGAACUAAUAACCGCUCAGAUUUUGGCUGGAACACAAAAGGCUAAUGGAUAUGGAGGUUUGACUGCCAACCUUAAUCCUGCGUUUGUUGAUACCGUACAACAAACUGCAAAUAACAAUAAUACUUUGAAUCAAAUUGAUGCUGUACAAAAAGUUUAUCAAAACCAAAAUUUACAAAGUAUUGGCCAACAAUUAGCUCAACAAAUAGCUCAACAACAAAUAGCUCAACAACAUAUAGCUCAACAACAGAUGAAUCAACAGUUAGUUCAUCAACAACAACAACAACAACAACAGCAACAACAACAUAAUAUAAGUCAACAACAAAAUGUUGUUAUUAAUAUCUAUGGAGGUGUUAAUACUACUACACCUCCAGCAACACCGACUCCAACUACUCCUACUUAUCCAUUUGGUUCAUCAUUAUCUCUUAACAUGGACCAACAGUGGCCAAAAAAUACUCAGUCUUCAGCAACUGAUUCGUAUCUAGCCAGUCCCAUUGCUGCACCGGAAAAAUCGUCUGUGAGUUACUCGCCAUCAUCCACAUGGUCCUCUAUGCAGAGCAUCGCUUCGACUCCAUCCCCACAAUCUAUGUAUUCUCCUUUAGCUCCAAAUAUCUGGACACCUACUUCGUCCACCUCAUCGUUGUCAAAUCAACAUGAAACAGCUCGUGGUCAAAAAAGAGGUAUUCCUCCAUCGCCUGAACUUAGUCCUGAAGGUAUGUAUAUUGGACAACAUUCACAAGGAAUUGGUGGCCACUAUGCUGAUUCCUACUUAAAACGUAAUAAGAAAAAUUGA